AAGUCGUUUAACAAACAAGUCUCAAAAACUUCAAUUCAUUUCAAAAUGUUCAAAUUCAUCGUUCUUGCUCUUGCCUUCUUCGCCGUCGCCCAAGCUGGCGUCGUGCCAGUUGUUCGCACAAUUGCUGCUCCCUUGACGGUUGCUGUUCCCGCUGAGGAUACCGGCAAAUGGGACGGUUGCCAUUGGGAUGGUCGUGCCUUUGAUUGCUUGAAAUUGGGAGAACGUUAUGCACCAAAAGGCUUGCCCAUCGUUACAUCUGCCGUCGUUGCUGCCCCAUCUGUCUAUUCAUACCCCUUGGCUCACUCGAUCAUUCCCGGAACUCCUCUUGCCUCGAACAUCAUCAUCAACUAAGUGCAGUGAUUCAGUAUUUCCUGUGUUAUUUCACUCUCACACAACAAACACAAAAUAAAUUCAAAA